GAAGUACAGUAGAGCAUUUAUAAAAUAUUUACUCCAAAACCCUCUCUUUCUUCUCAUCCUGUAAAUCUCCAUUUCAUGGCCCAAUCCCAUCCAACAUGACAGCCCCUCUCACAUCCCCGUCCAGCGCGGACACCUCACCGCAGCACCCCGCUCCCAAGAUCAUAGACGACAAAUCCCCACACUGCAUCCCCUUCAUCCUCUCCCAGCUGUCAUCGCACCAGGCUGCGCACCCCGAGAAGCCCUUCUUCAUCGGCCUCAAUGGCGUGCAGGGCGCCGGGAAGACCACGCUGGUGUCGGCGCUCGCCAGCACGCUGCGCGAGAAAGAGGGGCUCGAGACGCUGGUGUGCAGCAUCGACGAUCUGUAUCUGACGCAUGCGGAUCAAGUUGCUCUGGCUGCGGCCCAUGCUGAGAAUCCACUAGUGCAGCAUCGGGGAGAACCAGGAACCCACGACAUGCAGCUCGCGCGAGACCUCUUCUCCGCUCUGCAGCAAGGCAAAGAGACCAAGAUCCCCGCGUACGACAAGUCUGCCCACAACGGCCAAGGCGACCGCGUGCCCUCCUCUCAAUGGAAGACCGUAAACGGUCUCGACCAGCCCAAGAUCCGCGUUGUGAUUUUUGAGGGCUGGUGUGUGGGCUUCCGCUCCAUCUCCCCGGAGGAGAUCAAGCGCAAGCAGGCAGCGCCGUCAACGACGCUCCAUAAACACCGGCUUCAGGAUCUACUCUUCGUCAAUGAGAAGUUGAAGGAUUAUGAUGUUAUGACGGACGCGUUUGAUGCUUUUAUUCAUAUUGAUGCGGAGGAGACGGGCUAUGUUUAUGAGUGGAGAUUGGAACAGGAGGCCGCGCUCAGGAGGGAAAAGGGGAGUGGCAUGACGGAUGAGAAGAUUAGGGAGUUUGUGGAUGGGUAUUAUCCUGCUUAUGAACUCUUUACGGAAGGGGUUAGAGCGGGUGUGUUGAAGGCGAAGGGAGAGGGCAAGCAGUUGAGGUUGGUCGUCAAGAGGGAUAGGAGGGUGAAGGAUGUAAUCACUAUUUGAGUGAUCAACGAUGCAACAUGUCUAUAUCAAUAGAAGGCGAGUCAAUAGAACAAUAGAAGUCAUAGAAUUCAAUAAAAGUACCAUAACGAUC